GUUUUAAGUCAUUUGAGGCGGGUUCUGAGUAGAUUAUGGGCUGGAGAUUUGAGCAGAACCUGGCAACCCUGCGCAUCAUACAGGCGACAGGAAUUAAAACCUGCGUAUCACAGAAGACGCCACAGUAGAAUUAAAUAUAUUUGCCAGCAGAUACAUAAAGGGUUGAAAGUGUUUUACGCUAAUCUGUGAGUGACAUUGGACGAAUGCAAUCGCGAGGUUCUGAACGACAACAUCGAGCAACUGGCUAGCAAGUAGAGAACACGGAGGAAAAACUCGCCGUUUGGUGGCAGAGGGAAGAUUUUCUGCGAUAUAUAACUGCAUUGCAUUGCCGGCAGCGGUUAUGGGGCCUUCCACGAGGAGUCUUCAGCAGAUGGCCAUCUUUAUGACCCUCUUUACCGGCGGGGGCUGCUCCAUGAUGUAUUACCUUAUGCAAAAGAACUUUGCCAGGUCUGAGUACUACCGCCUGCCGUUGGAGCGCCUCAGUGAUCACCCUGUUGCCAUGGAGAUCCUGGGAGCCCCGCCCCUGAAGGCCCACAACAUCCGCCUGACGGACCGACACAACCGCAUCGACCAGACCAGCGCUCAGAUUAAAAUUCCAGUGACGGGCUCUAAGACUGGUGGUUAUCUCUACGCUUCCUCAUCCAAAAAUAUCUCUUUGAACAGAUGGCAGCUCCAGGAAGCGGUGCUUCAGCUGAGGGAAGGCGGGCGGAUCGACAUCCUGGCUUAAUGACCCGGAGGCCCUGGAGCACAACGGAGACGAUCGCGCAGAAAACCGGCUUUAGUCCGUCUCCUCUCCCCGUUCCUGGGAGCGCGAUGGAGCACGGGCGAACGUUUAACUCCCGGCCACACGGAGAACAAUAACCGUAAAGAUUCAAAUAUGCAUCACGCGCGUCUGAAGUUUGGUGCUGGUCACACCACAGCAGUGCUAUGUAAAUAAAACGGUCAUAUUGGCAGGUAUAAUAGAAAGAAGACAUUUAAAAAUGCGUUUUGUGUGUGUGUGUGAUUGAGUGCUUGAAUGAAAUAAAUUGGCAGGUGUGUUUAUCCAAAAAA